AUGGUGGCGAGUACGUGGUGCCCUUUCCUUUUCAAGCGGUCCAAUAUCCUUUACAGGAAGGAACAACGGGGUAUAUAUCUGAAGCGAAUUACCCUGCGAUUCAUGUCAAUAAUUCUACAGCGACAGGUACACUCCGUUGGUCCUUUUUACCAUCGAGGCUUAGGACCCGUUUAUUCCGGCCUAAAUCAGGCCAAUCUUUCUACUCCUGUUUUUAAUCUCUCUUACCCUCUUAUCUCUCAUAAUGUACAACAGAAUGGUUCUCAUUUUCAACAGUUUACAUCAGCCAAUUUCCUUCAGAAAAUCCAUGAAAGUAAUUCGAAACCUUCUUUCGAUUCCCCCAACUCGGCCAGCUAUUACUACCAGCCAAGCCAGUUCUUGUCGAGUCGCACGUCUCCUUCCGAGCUGAAGCGUCCCCGCUCCUCGUGCGACGUAUCUCCGCCAUCCAAGGUCUCCCAUGAUGAUGACCUUGUCAAGAUGCUUUGCAUGCUGCGUCUCAACAAGCGCGACUCCUCUCCCUCGCCCCCGUCCUCGCUUCCUCCAGCGUCCUCGACACGUGGCCUCAGCCACACGAUCUGUCCGUACUGCCAGAAGCGCAACCCUGUGGAAUCGUCGAACCCGCCCGCCACCUUGACCUGCUUCGCCUGCAACACGUCCUUCCCGCUCGUCCGUCGCUAUCUGCACGACUACCAAGGCCAUCUCGAUGCGGACGGGUCGUUGGAGCUGCCGUGUCUGCGCGGCGUGUCGGACCCCGCGACCCGUGAGGCGAAAUUGCUCGCCUACACGAGCACGGUGCUGUCGGGGCGUCGCUGCAGCUUCUCGACGCAGAUCCGGGAGAUCCAGAAGCUGCUGAGCGCGCUGGUGGCGAAGGUGGACAAGCGCGUGACGCGGGAGCUGCACCACGUGGAGGAGGAGUGCCAGCAAGUCGUGGAGAGCUUGCUGGGGCGCGUGGAGCAGUACUGCAACGGCGAGCUGCACUGCCACUGCCUGCAGCCCGCCUUCGCGCAGCGCCACUUCAUCCAGUGCGACGUCUGCGAUCUCUGGUUCCACACGAGCUGCGUCGGCGUGGACUCGCGGAAACUCGCGGGGAUCGCGUCGUUCGUCUGUCCGUGGUGUCUGGAUCCCGCGCAGCGAAGCCAGGAGCCCGCGCAGCCCGAGGAGGCGAAGGCCUGCGUGUGUCCGCUCUGCGACCGUGUGUUUCCGCGUCCGUGUAAUCUGUCGCGCCACCUGCACGCGAAACACAGCAUGAAGUGGCACACGCACGUGAUGCUGCAUCUCGAUGUGAACGACUAUCUCGAAGUGGAUCCGAAGGCCUCCAAUCUCGCUCGGGGAGCCAUCACCCAUCGCGUCUGUGAGGGAUGCUACGCCUCGGAACAUGCGACCGAGGAGUACAACAUGACCAAGAGCCAGUUCCGCUUCCUUCUGCGGAAACUCCGAGUGAAGCCGCCCCAAUGGUGGGUGGGGAAGGAGGUCCGCGUGUGGGACGCCCGGACGGAGAAGAUGGUUUUGGGGGUGAUUAAAUGCAUUCGGCCACGAAGUGAGUUCUGCAUCAAGCUGAAGAACGGAUCGACUAUGAUGGUAGGAAACUUAUUCGACCCUCAGUAUCGAAUCCGGCUGUUGAUUUUAAAUGGAAACUUCGAGCUUGAGUUGCUUUAUGCUCUCCCUACAAAGUGGAUUCGCGAUGUUCAUUCCGAUGUCUGCUUGUUCAUUAAAUAA